AGGGUCCGCCUCGGUUCCUCCCUGUAGGCCGCCCAAGUUUGUUUUGGCGUCAGGCGCGCAGUAAUGACGCCACGACGCUGACGCGAGAGAAUGGCGGCGGCGUCCGUGGCCUGGGCCGGGGGACGGUGGGCUGAGCCGCCGAGACUCCGAAGAGCCCGCCGGCCGCGCGAGGUGUAGACGGGGCACUGCCUACAGAGCAGGUCCUGCCAGCCUCGCUGGAGAGGAUGCCCCCGUGUCCGUGAUGGGCUGUGGGACAAGCAAGGUCCUUCCUGAGCCACCCAAGGAUGUCCAGCUGGAUCUGGUCAAGAAAGUAGAGCCCUUUAGUGGCACCAAGACUGAUGUAUACAAGCACUUCAUCACAGAGGUAGACAGUGUUGGCCCUCUCAAAGCUGCCAGUCAGCAUGCACCUCCAUGCCCUGGUGUUCCCACUACUGGCUACACAGAACCUCCUUCAGAACCACCACGCAGGGUCAGGGUGGCGAAGUACAGAGCCAAGUUUGACCCACGUGUGACAGCUAAGUAUGACAUCAAGGCCCUGAUUGGCCGAGGCAGCUUUAGCCGAGUGGUACGAGUGGAGCACCGGGCAACCCGACAGCCAUAUGCUAUCAAGAUGAUCGAGACCAAGUACCGAGAAGGGCGGGAGGUGUGUGAGUCCGAGCUCCGCGUGCUGCGCCGGGUGCGCCAUGCCAACAUCAUUCAGCUGGUGGAAGUUUUUGAGACACAGGAGCGCGUAUACAUGGUGAUGGAGCUGGCCACUGGUGGUGAACUCUUUGACCGGAUAAUUGCCAAAGGUUCUUUCACUGAGCGGGAUGCCACAAGAGUGCUGCAAAUGGUACUGGAUGGUGUCCGAUAUCUGCAUGCCCUGGGCAUCACACACCGAGACCUCAAGCCUGAGAAUCUCCUCUACUACCACCCAGGCACUGACUCCAAGAUCAUUAUCACUGACUUUGGUUUGGCCAGUGCCCGAAAGAAAGGUGAUGAUUGCCUGAUGAAGACCACCUGUGGCACACCUGAAUACAUUGCUCCUGAGGUCCUGGUUCGAAAACCCUACACCAAUUCCGUGGAUAUGUGGGCACUGGGUGUCAUUGCCUACAUUCUACUCAGUGGCACCAUGCCCUUUGAGGAUGACAACCGCACCCGGCUUUACCGGCAGAUCCUCAGGGGCAAAUACAGUUAUUUGGGGGAGCCCUGGCCUAGUGUAUCUAACCUGGCUAAGGACUUCAUUGACCGCCUGCUGACAGUGGACCCUGGAGCUCGGAUGACUGCACUGCAGGCCCUGAGACACCCAUGGGUAGUAAGCAUGGCAGCCUCUUCGUCCAUGAAGAAUUUGCACCGAUCUAUCUCCCAGAAUCUCCUCAAGCGUGCUUCCUCUCGUUGCCAGAGCACCAAGUCUUCCCAGUCCACACGUUCCAGCCGCUCCACACGCUCCAACAAGUCCCGCCGUGUUCGGGAGCGCGAACUGCGGGAGCUCAAUCUGCGCUAUCAGCAGCAGUAUAAUGGCUGAGCCACCCAGCUGUGACAUGGACACACUGUUGUCUCCUUCUGGCCACUCUCUGCUUUGUCACCUGGGCCAAUGUCUUCUCUGUACCCAGGCAUCAUGGCCAGCAGUAUAUAGAGCAUGUCUGGGUCUAGCUCUUCUCUGUGCCUUUAGUAGUCCCUACCUCCUCAUGGGUCUGGGCCUGGGCCUGGGCCUGUUGUGAUGGGAUGGUGGCCCAGAACCAUCUAACCUGAGAACCUGGUAGGCAGCUGCUGAGUUGGAAGAAAGGACAGGACCCAGUCCCCACUGAUCUCCUUAAUGUUUGCCUUUUUCUUGGACCAAAGGGGUCUAUAGUGUUGGGUAGAAUGGGUCCUAUGGCUCAGGACUCUUUGAAUCCAUUACUUUUAUAACCCCCCUUUCUUCCACAAAGCAUUGGUCUAGCUCCCAUGUCCUGCGUCAUACUAAUCCUUAAGAGUAUGCUCCAGUGGGAGGUCUAGCUUUUGCCACAGCUAAACUGCAAGCCCCAGUCAGAUCCAAGCAACCUCACCAUUUUCCCCAGCCGACAGCAAUAUUUCUUCAUGGUGCCACCAGGAGCCUUUCUAGCCCCCAGACUUGCUGCGUGGUAGGACUGUGGCAUGGGCCUUCGUUUCAGGCUCUGGCCUCUCUGUAAGCAGGAUUCUGCGCAUCACCCUCAGUGCCUCUGCAGAGCUCAUUAUUGUCUCUCUCUCCCCGGCUUAGAUGCCCAUGUCAUUCCCCAGCUGCCUCCUUCCCCCCUGGAGGGGUGGAGGAGAUCCACUGCUGCUACCUGGGGGUGGGUGAGCAUGACGAGUUCUCAGAAUCCCAUUGUCAACCCUUGUUCCACCCUUUGGUAUUGUCCUUUGCUGGUCCCUUUCUAAAGCUGCCAUGCCCUCUUUAUAGCUUCAUGAUGGCGCCAUCUAGUGUCUGGUCUAGGUAUAGGUGGCCGGGGGAGGGGUGGUGACUGGUGCACCCCCUUGCCACAGCCCUCCUAAAGGAAGAGGAAAGAAAGGAGUUGCUGAAUUGGGGGAAGAGUCCUGGGCUGCUCAACUCCUCUUCUGCUCAGCUUCUCCAAACCUCACCCUGGAACUUAGCCGUACUGUGUUACCUGCCUCUGAACCCCAGGUGCCUUGGGUGCUGACCUUGCUGUAAGAGCUGGCCUUGCCCUAUCUGCCCUGUGCCCACCUCUUUUCAUAGCAUUAACUUUCGAGGCUGUCCCCACUGAGUCAGGCUGGAGGGAGCUCCUCCGGGAGGUAGGGUAGGGUUGCAGGGGCUGCUUUCCCAGAGAACUGAGCCGCAACAGCUCCUAUAGCUGGCAUGGUCUCCCUACCACUACCACACUAGGCUGGAAUCCAAGCUCCCUCCCUCUGUAGCUGCUCUCAGUGGGUAGGAAGGGGCCAGACAGAGCCUAGCUUGAGCCUUAGCUAGACUAAGAGCCUCUGUCGGCAGAAGGGUCUGACUCCCACACAACUCCUCUUAGUAGGCAGCCCUAGGCUAGGCCCUCUUUCUAAGUAUGCCACCUCCAUUGGGAAACCAAACCAAAGAGACCACUGUGUGCCAAGUCAACUGUGCCUUAUGUACUCUCUCCUUAUAUCCUCCUGCCCUCUGGAUAGGAGGCCCUGGAGGACUGAGCCUCACAGCCUCAGAACCCCCCACUUAUCAGCUGCCCCAGGAAUUUCUGGGGGUGUGAACCACUGGGGAUUUAAUUGUCUUUCUUGCCCAAAAUAGGCCUGGUUGUGAGGAUAGGGCAGAGGGAGUUUGUGUCUUGGGCCUUUGAUAGGUCCACCAGGCGUUCAUGCCAUGGCCCGUGGAUGGAGAAUGUGCAGUUAUUUAUUUUGUGUACCCUGUAAAUGUAUCUUCUGUAUCCAAUAAACAGGCUGCCAUCCCCAGGGAAGGCUGCCAUUUUCUUCUGA